AUGGCUGAAGAGAAUUUGGAUUAGAUUAUAGAUAUGCCAGAAUAAUCUGAUAUGAUUAAUGAUGCUAGAACCCAAGCGAGGUAUGCAGUGGAACAUUUUAAGGUAGAAUCAUAAAUUUCGAAUUACAUAAAAAAAUUCUUUGAUGAAAAAUAUGGUCCAAAUUGGCAUUGUGUUGUUGGGAAACAUUUUAAUUCUUAUUCAUCUUACGAAAGCAAAAGAUAUAUGUUUUUUUAUGAAGGAUAAAUGGCAAUAUUACUUUAUAAAAUGGGUUGA